AUGUGGAAAGCCUUCUCAUUUGUCACGCCCCUCCCUCUCCCUCCGCACGUGCACAUCAUUGGUGGUUCUUCAGCUGUAAACUUCAGUGACUGUGUGGAGCCAGGACCAAUGGAGAGAGGCUCAUGGCAAGAGGAGAUAAUAGAAGAGGACAGCAGAAGGAGAGAGCGCACAGAGCCAAAGGAAACAAGCUGUCAGGGGACCGAGGAGGAAAUUUUAAAUGGACUCUUGACAAGACUAUGUGAGAAACAAGUCACCUGA